CCCUCCCUCCUUCCUUCUCUCUCUCCUUUUCUUUCUUUCCUUCUUUCUUUCUCUCUCUCCUCUCUCUUCCCAUCCCUUCGCUUACUCAUCUUCCCUAUCUCCCCUUCUUUCCCAUCUCCCUGUCUUCCUGUCCGUCUGUCUGCCUGCCCCUCUUCCCCUCCCCACCGUCCCCUGUCUCAGCCUGUCACAUACUCUCUCCUCUGCUCCCGCUCCUUGGCUGUUUCGGCACCUCCGCACGUCGAUCAGCUCAUCUAUGAACCCAGCCCAUUGAUCUCUUGUCCCUCCUGGAGCACCUGGAACCAGGCGGCAGCAGGAGACCGCGGUGCCGGCGGUUGGCAGCUGCUGGGGCAGCGGCGUCGGCAGCCCAGUAGCAACAGCAGCAGCAGCGGAGGCGGCCGCGGCAGCGGCAGCAACGACAGAGGAGGCGGCAGCAGCAAUGUCCCGAAGGAAACAGAGCAAACCUAGGCAGAUCAAACGGCCCCUUGAAGAUGCUGUCGAUGAUGAAGAGGAAGAGUGUCUAUCUGAGGGAAAUGACAUCAUCCUUAAAGGAGACUUUCCAUUGGAGGAAAGCUUUUCCACAGAAUUUGGGCCUGAAAAUCUGAGCUGUGAAGAAGUGGAAUACUUUUGUAAUAAAGGUGAUGAAGAAGGGAUCCAGGAGACAGCAGAAUCAGAUGGGGACACACAAUCAGAAAAACCAGGGCAGCUCAGCACUGAGACAGAUGACUGGGAUGGACCAGGAGAGUUGGAGGUGGUCCAGAAGGAUGGGGAGCGCAAGAUUCAGAGUCGGCAGCAACUUCCGGUUGGAACAACAUGGGGGCCUUUUGCUGGGAAGAUGGAUCUGAAUAAUAACACCUUGAAGACAAAGGCUCCUGUCCCCAUGGUACUGACUGCUGGCCCCAAGUGGCUUCUGGAUGUGACUUGGCAAGGAGUGGAAGACAACAAAAACAACUGCAUUGUGUACAGCAAAGGGGGUCAGCUUUGGUGCACUACCACGAAGGCCAUCUCUGAGGGUGAGGAGCUAAUUGCCUUUGUGGUAGAUUUUGACUCAAGGCUACAAGCUGCCAGUCAGAUGACACUCACAGAAGGGAUGUAUCCUGCACGGCUGCUGGAUUCAAUUCAACUGCUCCCUCAACAAGCUGCCAUGGCAUCUAUUUUGCCUACAGCUAUUGUCAAUAAGGACAUAUUCCCUUGUAAGUCCUGUGGUAUUUGGUAUCGAAGUGAGCGGAAUUUACAAGCACAUCUCAUGUACUACUGCAGUGGGAGGCAAAGAGAUGGGGUCCCAAUGACGGAAGAGAAUGAAGACACUCCUCAUCAGAUAUCUAGUGCUUGCCCCUUCCCACAGUGCACCAAAAGCUUUUCCAAUGCCCGAGCCCUGGAAAUGCACCUAAAUUCCCACAGUGGUGUAAAAAUGGAAGAGUUUCUCCCUCCUGGUGCUAGUCUAAAAUGCACCAUUUGUAACUACACUGCGGAUUCUGUGAUCAAUUUUCACCAGCACCUAUUCUCCCACCUCACUCAAGCUGCCUUCCGAUGCAACCACUGUCACUUUGGCUUCCAAACUCAGAGGGAGCUGUUGCAGCACCAAGAAGUCCAUGUUUCCGGCAACAAACUUCCACGAGAAAGUGACAUUGAACACUCCCCAAAUGGAAAUGAAGACAACAUACAGCCGGUCACAGAGCUGUUGACUAGAAAUGAACUUCCCCAGAGCCAAAAGGGCAUGCAGACUAAAGAUGCUAGCUCUGACACAGAGCUGGAUAAAUGUGAGAAAAAGAAUCAGCUUUUUCUCCCAAAUCAAAGACCAGAACUACAGCCUUCAGCCAAUAAACAAAGCUUUUCCUAUACAAAAAUCAAGUCUGAACCUUCUAGCCCAAGACUUGCCUCCUCUCCAGUUCAGUCUGGCAUUGGUCCCUCUUUCCCUAUGGGCCCUUUUCUAUCUCAGUUUGCUUUUCCCCAGGAUAUCACAGUGGUUCCUCAGGCUUCAGAGAUCUUGGCCAAGAUGUCUGAACUGGUACAUAGAAGGCUGAGGCACGGUAGUAACAGUUACCCUCCUGUGAUCUACAGUCCUCUGAUGCCCAAAGGGGCCACUUGUUUUGAGUGCAACAUAACAUUCAACAACCUGGACAAUUACCUGGUGCACAAAAAGCAUUAUUGCAGCAGCCGAUGGCAGCAGAUGGCCAAGUCUCCCGAAUUCCCCAGUGUUUCAGAGAAGAUGCCAGAGGCUGUAAGCCCUAACAAUGGUCAGAGCUCCAUCAACCUUCUUAACACAGCUCCUCACCCUUCUGAUCCUGAGAAUCAGCUCCUUCAGACAUCCUGUAUCAAUUCCUCUACCGUCUUAGAUUUGAUUGGUCCAAGUGGAAAGGGCCAUGACAAGGACUUCCCUGCACAGGCUAAAAAACUAUCAGCUUCCAGUAGCAACGAUGACAAAAUCAAUGGGAAACCUGCUGAUGUAAAGAACCCCAACAUUUCUUUAGUGGAAGGGGAAAGUGAUCCUAAUAAGACCACUUGUGAUGCUUGCAACAUCACAUUCAGUCGACAUGAAACCUAUAUGGUCCACAAGCAGUAUUACUGUGCAACUCGUCAUGACCCUCCCCUAAAGAGGUCUGCUUCCAACAAAGUGCCUGCUAUGCAGAGAACAAUGCGUACCCGCAAGCGAAGGAAGAUGUAUGAGAUGUGCCUCCCUGAACAGGAGCCAAGGCCUCAACUUGUUCAGCAGCGUUUCCUGGAAGUAGCCAACCUCAGUAAUCCUUGUACGUCUACACAAGAGUCCACAGAAGGACUGGGAGAGUGCUACCACCCAAGAUGUGAUAUCUUCCCAGGAAUUGUCUCAAAACAUCUGGAAACAUCUCUCUCAAUCAACAAAUGUGUUCCAGUUUCCAAGUGUGACACUUCUCAUCCCAGUGUGUCCUGUUUGGAGAUGGAUGUACCCAUUGAUCUCAGCAAAAAGUGUUUAUCUCAGUCUGAGAGGACGUCCACGUCUCCGAAAAGGCUGCUGGAUUACCAUGAGUGCACUGUGUGCAAGAUCAGUUUCAAUAAGGUAGAGAACUACCUGGCCCACAAGCAGAAUUUCUGCCCUGUCACUGCACAUCAGCGUAAUGACCUUGGACAACUGGAUGGCAAGGUGUUUCCAAAUCCAGAAAGUGAACGGAAUAGCCCUGAUGUCAGCUAUGAAAGAAGUAUAAUAAAAUGUGAGAAAAAUGGAAACUUGAAGCAGACUUCUCCCAACGGAAACUUAUUUUCAUCCCACUUAGCAACUCUGCAAGGACUGAAAGUCUUUAGUGAAGCUGCUCAGCUUAUUGCAACAAAAGAAGAAAACAAACAUUUGUUUCUCCCACAAUGCCUUUACCCUGGAGCAAUAAAGAAAGCUAAAGGAGCAGACCAGCUUUCUCCAUACUAUGGAAUAAAGCCAAGUGAUUACAUUUCUGGUUCUCUGGUCAUUCAUAACACUGACAUAGAUCAAAGCACAAAUGCAGAUAGUGAGUCACCCAAAGGCCAGGCCCCCUCAAAUGGGUGUGCUGGCCAGAAGAAAGAGUCUCUGCCACUGUUACCCAAGAACAGAGGCAUGGUAAUAGUGAAUGGUGGCCUGAAACAAGAUGAAAGGCCUGCUACAAACCCACAGCAAGAGAACAUUUCCCAGAAUCCUCAGCAUGAAGAUGGGCACAAGUCUCCAUCUUGGAUCUCUGAGAACCCAUUAGCUGCAAAUGAAAAUGUGUCUCCCGCAAUUCCUUCAGCAGAGGAACAGUUGUCUAGUAUAGCAAAAGGUGUGAAUGGCUCCACCCAGGCUCCAACCAGUGGAAAAUACUGCCGCCUGUGUGACAUCCAGUUCAACAACCUUUCAAACUUUAUCACUCACAAGAAGUUUUAUUGCUCAUCACAUGCCGCAGAACAUGUCAAAUGAAAAUAAAAACAGAAAACAACCAACAAACCCAUCAGUCACCUUUGGUACCAGUGUUUAGUAUCUUGUUCCAUGCAGUCCAAGCAAAGCUGCUUGAAUGCUAUCUGGGCAAUCAGGAGAUAACUCAUUAUGGCUGAGUUGAAGACUUAAGGUGUAAUUUCAUUACAAUCCAUUAGUAAAGUGUAUUAUUGGUGCCAUUUUCAAAAAUAUUAAUUUAUUUUACCAGCAGUAUUCAUAGCUGUGGUUAUGUUAUUUUUAUUUAAAAACUUUAUAUUAAAGUCAUUUGUAAUGUUAUUGUAUAGUUAUUGUGUAGCACAUAUGGUUUGCACUGUAUAGUAGGUUUUAAAGAAAAUAGUCACAAACAAUACAGAAAAAAGCAUUUUAGAAAUAGCUUCAAAAGCACUUGUGUAUCCUGAUUUUUUUCUUAUAUGCUGUUGCAGAUAUAUGUAUAUGCUAAAAUAUAACUUGCAAGGACAUUUUCAAUACACAUGUUGUAAAGUUCGCCUUAAGAUUUCAAUUCGUAAAUGACCAGGAUCCGUUUUGCACUUUAUAUUUUAGCAGAUACAGUCCUUUAGUCAUUAGGCUUUGCAUUUGUAUGUAGCGGUAUGUUUCCGUCCAUUUUCUUAAUCUUAAAACAUGUACGUUAAAUGAAGAUGGCAUUUUUUUCUUGUAUAGUACUUGUAUUUUCUUUCACUGAUGCAUCUCUGUCUCAAUUUUUAAACCUUUGCUGUUAAAUGCAAUACUUUAUAAAGAAUGAACAAAAUUACUGGAAGCAGUAUUGUAAGUAAUGAGGAUGUAAGUAUUAAUCAGUUUUAUCUUUUGAAAGGCACAGUCAAAAUUGAAACCCUAAACUCAAUGCUGCAAGUAUGAAUUUAAUUCAUAUAUAAGAUCUAUUUAAAUAUGAGUAGCAAUACUGCACCUGGUGAUCGCAAAGAUAAUGUUCUACUUCUGAUAGAAAUGAUUUCUCAACAAAUGUUGUUACUAUGCAUGUAUAUGGAUGGAAUAAAAUUCCAGAUCGUUGGAGAA